AUGAGUCUAAGCGCCAAAGUCAAAGACAUUCUACACUCUGGCGAGUCCAAGGACAGAUCCACAGCAGACAAUACCAAGCGCCCACCUGGCUCAUUCACAACAGAAGAUAUGGAGCCUAGCGAAACAUACGAAGGCUACUCCAAGGGAUACGAACACAAUAAGCUUCACAAGGCUGACGAUCCUCGAGGAGGGACUCACGGCGAUAACAAUGCACCUCGCGGCCAUGCGCACAAGGAUUCUGGUGUUGGACUCACCGAGAAUGACCCAACUUCCUACAAGCCUUCUCAAGAACCCAUCUCCGAGAGACGCAACGAUCCUCUCAACGGAACUACUGAGUCCACUGCCGCUGGUGGCUUGGGAGAUACCACCAACCUCGCAUCCAAGGAGGGCACCAGUAGCACCACUGUACCAUCUACCUCAGAGCAUCCUCACUGGGGAGACAUUCCCAGCGGAGGCGUUCACAACUCUGUCGUCGGUCAUGGCAGCCCCGAAGAUGAAAACGCACGCCACCGAGCUGUUCAUUCAGGCGCGGCCCAGCCAACUCGAACUUCAGGCACUCUCGAGAGUGGCACAUUCCGACACCGCCAUGAUCGCGAUCAGUCAUCCUCGAAUAACAAUCCUCAUGAUACCCAGCGACUUGCUCAAGAGAACCCGAACCGAGAAACAUCUGACUCCAACUUCAACGAGGGCGUAGCUGGUGCUGGUGCUGGCAGAACUGCCACCCUUGGAGCCCACGAGCUCAACAAGAGACGCCAUGCCGAUGAGACACCAACCAAGGCGGAUCAAACCACCGAAAAGACUCAUUCCGAGGAACAUAAGGGCAGAUCUUUCCCUUUGCUGGGCAAGGAUCACAAGGACCAUCACAAGGAGACCAAGGAAGACAAGUACGCCAAGGAACCCAAGAAGGAGCACGAGAGCAAACUGGGCGCUCUCUUCCACCGACGUGGCUCUAAGGAUAAGACUGAGACAGAGGCAAAAGCUGAGCAGGAGGCUGACAAGGAAAGACAUUCUCAUUCUAAGGCUGCUCCUGCUCUAGCUGCCGCUGGAUCCGGUGGUGCUUAUGCUGCUACCAUGGAUCGACAUGAUGAUAAGAAGCGUGAUUCAACUACUGGUACUCACCAGAAUCCUUCUGCUAUUCGAGGCGCGACUCAGUACCCUGCUGCUGGACUCGGCUCUACCAGAGAUUACAGCACUCAGGGCAGUCAGCCUACUACUGCGCUUGCGUCUCACGAUGGUCAGCGCUCUGGCAAUAGCCGCACUGAUCCUCAGUCGAGCACAGGUUAUGAUGCCCAGAGCUACGAUCCAGCCAGCCGCUCUGCCACAAACCCGACUGCUCAAUCUUAUCAGCAGCAGGGUUCUCACGGAGAUCAUGGCCUCGCCAAGGUUACCGCUGCUGGCCUAGGUGCUGGUGCACUUGCUUCUCAUUUCGGUCAUCAGCACUCGGGCUCCACCCAGCCUUCAGCUCUCGACUCUACACAGGGCUACAGUUUUGAGCCGCAAGGCACUCAGCCCACUCAAACUUCUACCAGAGACCCAACUUCUCAGUAUUAUCAGCACGAGGGCUCUCACCGAGGCGCAGGACUUGCUGCCGGUACUGCUGCUGGUCUUGGCACCAAGGCUCUUGCAUCUCAUGAUUCGAGCAAGAAACACGAUGAGGAUCGCUACCUAAGCAAUGACAGCUCUCAGCGAGCUCAGCCUAGAGCCACUGGUACUGGGUCCGCUCUGGGUGGCACUUCCGCCUCUGGGUUCGAUAGCUCUAGACAUGAGCCCUUCCCAGGAUCUCACAACCAGUCUCAUCACUCGACUCACCAUUCUACACUUGCUGAAAACGCCAACGCUGGAAAGUACAACACUCUUGCAUCUGGUACCCCCCCUGGUGUCAAGUACGACGAUGAUGUUGACACCAGCCGUUCAACCCAGCAAGCUCAUGUGGAUACACCUCAGAAGAAGGAUAACCACUACGGUACCGCUGCGGGGCUGGGUGCCGCUGCCGCUGGAGCUGGAACCGCUGGAGCGCUAUCUCGCAACAGGGAUGAGAAGCCUGUCGAUAAGGAGGAUUUGACUCAUCAGACUGAACCCCGAACUGAGCGGCAACUCGAUCGUGAUACGGAGUCUCACAAGCCGAUCACUGGAGCUGUUGCGCCUAGGUCGGGUGUUAACAAGCCUGUUAUUCACAAGUGUCAGAAGUGUGGUGAGGAUAAUGAUAUCAGCCAGUACUUUACAUAUAAUGCAGCUGGAAAGAUCUAA